UCUGACCGAAAAUAAGCAUCCAGUAGUAAAUUCGCGAUCGUUCAUACAACAUGCAACGAUUGUUGAUCUGCCUGAUCGUUUGUACAUGGCUAUGUGCCAGCACCUGGGCUUCAAACGGCGUAAAGGGUGGACAACGACCGCGUUAUCCCACAAGUGGAAACUAUCAUGGUAGCAAUUCCUCGCAAAACAGUCUUUGCUAUAAAAGAGUGCCAUACAGUCAUGUUUUGGCUUUAAACUCUAGUGGAUCACCUUAUAAUACCAUCCCUCAACCACAAGAAGGUCAGCCUCCUAACGAGGGUUGGAUUACUAUUUUGGACUGUUGCGACGGCUACGAACGUAACGUGACAAGCGGCUUGUGCGAACCGCACUGCGAUCGCGGCUGUUUCGGCGGACGUUGCACAGGACCGAACAUCUGUAGCUGUCAACCGGGAUGGCAUCCCGAGGAUGGCGUCUGCUUGCCCGUCUGUACGCAUCAGUGUCAAGAAAACGCUUAUUGCUUCUCCCCGGAGGAGUGCGUAUGCAAAUUGGGCUACGACGAGAUAAACGCUCAGUGCAAGCCAAUCUGCCCUGACGGUUGCGGAAACGGCGAAUGCGUUGCGCCGCGAGUUUGCCGAUGCAGACCGGGAUUUGUUCAGGAUGAGCACAAGCAAUGCGUGGCCGCUUGCGAGGGAGGCUGCGAACACGGAACAUGCAGCGCGCCAGGUGUAUGCAGCUGUCACCAAGGAUUCGCCAAUCCACCCGGUGACCGCGAGUCCUGCACCCAUUGCCCAAACGGCUGCGAAGGUGGCGAAUGUAUCGCGCCGAACAUUUGCAGAUGUCGACCCGGUUUUAGGUCCGAUCACACCGGGGGUUGCGCGCCGGAUUGUCCGGGUGGCUGCGACGGCGGCGAGUGCAUCGCGCCGAACGUCUGCGGCUGCAGGUCCGGAUACAUGCGGGAUCGUUACAGCGGCCGAUGCGUCCCUAUCCCUGGCACAUCGCAGUGCGGGCCCGGAUAUAUUGUCGAUCCCGAUACCGGUAGAUGCAUUCUUGCACCCCCGACUGUCACAACCCCGUCGCACAUCCCCGAUUGUAGAUACGGCUGUGGUCCUCACGGAUACUGUCGUACAGGACAUAAUGGACAUAAUCAAUGUGUCUGUGAAUCGGGCUACGCGAUCGAUCCUGCUACCGGUAGAUGCGGUCCCCUAACAUCCUCUAACGCGACCAGCUCGCAAUGUAGAUAUGGUUGCGGACCGAACGAACGAUGCGUCGCCCCGAACGUGUGUGUUUGCAAUCCAGGAUUCCACAAAGAUUUCGAUACAAACAGAUGCGUCCAAUAUGAGGGGGAUGAAACGGACACACGCGUGUGCCAGCAUCCGUGCUUGAACGGUCAAUGCACCGGGCCGGAUCAGUGCACCUGCAAUCAGGGAUACACUUACGAUUCUCGUGAUGUCACACGCUCGAGAUGCAUACCGGUAUGCGUGGGUGGAUGCCUGAACGGCGUGUGCACCCUGCCGAAUUUCUGUAUCUGUAAUCCCGGUUAUCGAAAAGAAGGCGGUGUUAAGGGUCGGCAAAGAUGUGUCCCGCAAGAAUAAGUAAAUGUUUUCGAGUUGUACAAACAAAUGACGACAUAAAGUGUGGUAAUAUUUAGAUUAGUUUGACAAAGCGAGCAUAUACAUUCAUUCCUAGAUAUCAAAUUGUGUAAACAUCAAUAUGUAAUGCGAAAGUCAUAAUAAAGUAUACGUAUCCAGAUAUAGAAAA